AUGGCUUUUAAACUUGAUACCAUCGCAUUCGAUAAAACUGGAACAUUAACUUAUGGAAAACCAAAGGUCAUUGAAACAAAAUUUUUAUAUCAAAAAUCAAAACAAAAAGCACGUAAAAAGUUGUUAAUGCAGAUCAUUGGAGUGGUUGAAUCUUCAAGUGAUCAUCCAUUGGCUAAAGCGGUUAGUCAAUACAUUGAGAAAACGACUACAUCAAGUAAUAUCACGUUGGAAAGCGUAACUGAAACCCCCGGUAGAGGUCUUCAAGCCAUAGUGAGAAUUAAUGAUUCGGAAACACUUGACUUAUUACCCGAUGAAAAAUCUAGUUCGACUUAUAAUGUAUUUAUUGGUAACGUCAAAUGGCUUCAAGAAAAUAAUUGCGUGUAUCCAUCUCAUGUUUCUGAAAUGAAAGCUUCUUCAACGCUUCGAGGAUGGCAAAAAUCCGGUUACUCAAUAAUUCUUAUUGGAUUAUCAUCUCAAUCUUCUAAUGGUUAUAUUCUUGCGCAAAUGGGAAUAGCUGAUACACCAAGACCUGAUGCCGCCAAAACUGUUUCCGAAUUAACUGCUCGAGGUAUUGAAGUGUGGAUGAUUACAGGAGAUAAUCCCGUUACAGCUAAAACCAUUGCAAAACAACUUGGAAUUAAAAAUGUUUUAGCAGAAGUAACUCCUGAGAUGAAAGCAGAAAAAAUUAAAUGGUUACAACGUAGAGGAAUUACUGUCAAACCUCCAAAUAAAUUUCUUCAAUUAUUUAAAGGAGAUACUGAUAAAGCAAGGAGGGCUGUAGUUGCAAUGAUUGGUGAUGGUAUUAAUGAUUCACCUGCCCUUGCACAAUCAGAUUUACCCAUAUCAAUAUCAACUGCUUCCGAUGUAGCUAUUGAAUCGGCUUCUGUUAUUUUGACAAGAUCAACUUUAACUUCUUUAAUUACAUUAGUAACACUCGCUAAAGCUAUAAUUUGGAGAAUUAGAUAUAACUUCUUAUGGGCAUAUCUUUAUAAUUCGUUAGCUAUACCUAUUGCUGCUGGUGUUUUCUUCCCUAUAUUUAAAGUUGGUCUUAGACCCGAACUUGCUAGUUUAUCUAUGGCAGCUAGUUCGAUUAGUGUAGUUUUAAGUAGUUUAUGGCUAAAGAGAUUCAAAGAACCAAAAUUUUAA